GUCAACGGAGUGGAGUACUCCCUGAAUCCCGCCCUCCACGAUUAGGGAUGACCAAGAACUCUGUCAGAAGCCAUUCGGAGACGAUAUCCAUUUGGGACUCAAGACUGGAGAGUGGCUUGGGAGCUUGACGGGAGAAACCGCCCAAACCAUUGGUGGCCGGGACAAUGAAUGAAUGGCCACAAUGCCAAUCAAUGGAGAUGGCCUGCCGUUGCCAAGAAUAGAUCCUUCUCGUCGUCUCGCCGCCAUCCUUUCUGCAUCAUCCCAUCAGGAUCGCGAAUAAUUCUACGGAUUAUACGGAGUAGACCACAACAGGCAAUGACUUGCAAAGGUCUUUGCCCGGUUCCUGACUCUCUGCUGCUCAUCUCAAACCGCGCCAACCCACUUGGUCCCGCCGACGCCCGCCAUGGGCGCCAAGAUUGGCUCGCUAACGCAAGGGCGACAGCCAGCUCAUCCCCAGCCAAGCCGCGAGAUCUGAUCCGGCCUCCGCUGGGCCGUUUCACCUUCGAACCAUUCAGCAGCGCUCCCGGCCUCGCCGCAAUGGCCUCAUAUAUCCGCUUCCCUUGGCGGGGAGGCAAAUUUGACAGGAGUCACCGGACGGGCGAUAGUCCAUGGCUCGACCUGUCUCCCCUUCUCCCCUCCCCACUCGGCGAUGCAUUGACUCGAUGGGGAUGGGCCCUGAUGCUGGGCCCGGAGGAGCUCCAGCCAGGAGCCAAGGGCGUGAAAGGUGAUGGAUAAGCGGAGGAAGGUUUCGCUUGAUCAUUUCAUUCCCCACGCCUGGAAAGAGUCCUCC